GAGACUGGAGCGAGCCCAACCCAGGCCAAACGAAGGAAGUCUAAAUAGCCUGUGAACUGUACUGUAAAUGUUGUUUUCCUGCUGUGAAUCAAUGGAUAUCGGUUUCAAUGUCCCAGCUUAUGAAUUUCACUGGAUGAAGAACCUUGUACAGAUUGUUUUAAAAAGAGUUAUGCUAUUGUUUGGUCCAUGCUAUUACAUGAGAUUGUAGGUAGAAUGUGUGUGCAUACAGUAUGUGUUUUGUGUGAAUGUGCUUUUUAUAUUAAAUGCUGGAUUAAUCAUGUGAAGACUGAUAAUGGAAGCCUGAUUGUAUAAUUAUGUUGUAAACGGAAUUAAAUUUUCUACUGCUUUUUGUUCAGUGAAACUUUGUUGGAUGAUUUGUGUUUUGCUCUCAGGUUGUGAUCAAUAAAGUUCAGCCUCAGCUUCCUAUCAACCCAAACCCCUAAAGCACCGUGUUAUUGAUAAGCACUUGUAGGAGGCACAUAGGGACAUAAUCAGUUGGACUAAAUUUGAAGUGUUAUAAAAUGAUCAAUUGUGUCAAAGGCUCAGAUAACGGAUAUGACAUUUUGAUGCUAGUUCAGGUAGGGACCACUAUAUUAUUCGCUCAGGGCUGAGUUUGGUGUGAGCAUGCGCAGUGAGGAAACAUUGGGACUCCAUUCCAGUCUGGGUUCCCUGAGCUCGCAUCUUGAACAGCUGUCUGCCUAGAUAACUUCACCUGCUUUAUUAAACAAAACUACUUACCAUGAGCGGAGAUCACGGACAUGGAGACUCUCAGGUCAAUUCCGGAUCCAAAGGAAGCGACACUCACAAACACAAAGACAAGCACAGGGACAAGGAACACAAACACAAAGACCACAAGAAAGACAAAGAACGAGAGAAAUUAAAGCACAGCAACAGCGAACAUAAGGAGCACUCUGAGAAGAAACACAGAGACAAAGACAAAGAGAAGCUGAAGCACAGUGACGGCAGCUCAGACAAGCACAGGGAAAAACACAAAGAGAAAGACCGGGACAAAGAGAAGAAGAGAGAAGAGAAGAUCAAAUCAUCGCAUGGAGACAAGCCAAAAAAGGAGAAAGAAAAUGGAUAUGUAAGAGAGACAAGUCCUGCUACAAUUAAAAGUGAGCCUGAAGAAGACAACGGGUUCUACCCCUCUCCCCAUCACAAUAAGACUUCCAAACGAGAGCAUGAUGAUGAAAGUGGCUUUGAAUACAAGCCCAAAAAAGUCAAGACAGAGCAUGACAAAAAGGCCAAGAAGAGGAAAUAUGAGUAUGAAGAGGAUGAUGAAGAAGAGGACAUUAAGCCCAAGAAGAAAACAAGAGACAAAAAGGGGACAGAGGGAAAGAAAGGCAAAAAAGAAGAAGAGGAGAAGUGGAAAUGGUGGGAGGAGGAAAGAUCCACAGAUGGCUCCAAAUGGCGCUUCCUUGAGCACAAGGGUCCAGUUUUUGCACCACCAUAUGAGCCUUUACCGGACAAAGUUAAAUUUUAUUAUGAUGGUAAGCACAUGAAACUUAGUCCUCCUGCUGAGGAAGUAGCUACGUUCUUUAGCAAGAUGUUGGAUCACGAAUACACCACCAAAGACAUCUUCAGGAAGAACUUCUACAAAGACUGGAGGAAGGAAAUGACACCAGAGGAAAAGUCAAAGCUCACCGACCUAAACAAGUGCAACUUCAGCGAGAUGAGUGAGUACUUCAAGGCCCAAUCUGAAGCAAGGAAACAGAUGUCAAAGGAGGAGAAACUGAGAAACAAAGAGGAGAACGAGAGAAUCCUCCAGGAGUAUGGUUUCUGCAUCAUGGACAACCACAAAGAGAGGAUCGGAAACUUCCGCAUCGAGCCGCCGGGCCUCUUCCGUGGACGAGGCGAUCAUCCGAAGAUGGGCAUGCUAAAACGACGCAUCAGACCUCAGGACAUCAUUGUCAACUGUAGCAAGGACUCAAAGCAACCUAAACCUCCCCCGGGGACAAAAUGGAAAGAGGUUCGCCAUGACAACAAGGUCACCUGGCUUGCAUCUUGGACAGAAAACAUCCAGGGCUCCAUCAAGUACAUCAUGUUGAAUCCUAGCUCCAGGAUCAAGGGGGAGAAGGACUGGCAGAAAUAUGAGACUGCUCGACGGUUAAAGAAGUGUGUGGAUCGUAUCCGUACCCAGUAUAGAGACGACUGGAAAUCCAAAGAGAUGAGGAUCAGGCAGAGAGCUGUUGCGCUGUAUUUCAUUGACAAGCUUGCACUAAGGGCAGGUAAUGAAAAGGAGGAAGGGGAGACAGCCGACACAGUUGGCUGCUGCUCACUGCGGGUGGAGCACAUCAACCUGUACCCCAAAAUGGACGACCAGGAGUACGUGGUGGAGUUUGACUUCUUAGGGAAGGACUCGAUCCGCUACUACAACAAGAUUCCUGUGGAGAAGAGGGUCUUCAAAAACCUACAGCUGUUUAUGGAGAACAAGCAGCCAGAAGAUGACCUUUUUGACAGACUGAAUACUUCUAUUCUGAACAAGCACUUACAGGAGCUGAUGGAUGGCCUGACAGCAAAGGUGUUUCGUACCUACAACGCCUCCAUCACCUUGCAGCAACAGCUAAAAGAACUUUCCUGCUCUGAUGACAGCAUCCCCGCCAAGAUCCUGUCAUACAACCGAGCCAAUCGUGCGGUAGCAAUCCUCUGUAAUCACCAGAGAGCUCCUCCCAAGACAUUUGAGAAGUCCAUGCAGAACCUUCAGACCAAGAUUGACGAGAAACAGAAUCAACUGUCAGCAGCCAAGAAGCAGCUGAAGGCUGCAAAGGCUGACCACAAGGCCUCCCAUGAUGACAAGAGCAAAAAGACUGUGGAGAUGAAGCGUAAAGCUGUCCAGAGGAUAGAGGAGCAGCUAAUGAAGCUCCAGGUGCAGGCCACAGACAGAGAGGAGAACAAGCAGAUCGCUUUGGGCACUUCUAAGCUCAACUACCUGGAUCCACGCAUCUCUGUUGCAUGGUGUAAGAAAUGGUCCGUUCCCAUUGAGAAGAUCUACAACAAAACCCAGAGGGAGAAGUUUGCCUGGGCUAUCGACAUGGCUGAGAAGGACUAUGAGUUCUAAACACACUUUAUGUUUGAUCCAUAGACUGUAUAUAAAAUGGACUUCAGCUCGCUCGGCUCAAAGUGAGGCUACCACAAAAAGUGCUCCCCCUAGUGGCUGGCUGCAGUAUAGGUCAAAAACUCUGUCUCUCCCAUUCAUUUGAAUGGGGCUGCGGUCAAACUUUAAAAAUAAAUACAUGUCGUACGAAUGUUUCUCACAUCCGUAUGCAGUGGUGAUAUGUAGUUAUUAUUUGACUGUUUUGUGUUCAAGGCCUUUUUUUUCUGAAAAGUUUCUCUUUCGUUAGUUAUUAAAGGUUAAAAAACGGGGUUUUACAUCCGGUUUUACUUUGACUGACAGCUGCCAUAGAGAGAAACUCCGUAGGACCUCAGGACAGUAAGCUAUAGGGCGGAGCUUGUUACAGUGGAGACACAAAUUCCCUACUGUGCAGACUGGCUGCAGAAAAUUUACAAGAUGUCAACUUUCUGGAACGGGAUAUUUUGGCUUCAAAACCGUACAAUGGGAAAAGGCGAAGCGACGCUGUCCAUUAUAUAUACAGUCUAUGGUUUGACCUUGUCUAUUCAUGCCUUUGAUGGUAAAGAUGGUUCGUAGUUGAUGUCAAAAAAUUCCACUAUGUGGUUACUGCAGGGCUGUGAAGGAAGGAGGAAGACUUUGUUAGAGCUGUGACCGCUGUUGAAUAAUUGUGAUGUAUAUAUGGUUUGGUUGUGACUAUAAGAACAUAACUCCUGACCCAUUUGACCAACCUGCCAAAGGGCAUCUCUCUUUUAAAGCAAAGUUAUAGUAGUGUGUAUGUAGCUGCAGCUUUCUGCUCAUGAUCAAACAAUAAUGAUCCCUUAAGUAUUAUGUUUCGUGGGAUAUGACUGUACUGAGAUUUGUAAGCCAUCAGACUUAAUGAGAGAUUCUAUAUUCUCUUGGAAUAAUGAAUGAGUUGAUGUUUGUGUGGGAGACUGUGAGGGACACCAUGAGAGAUAAGAGGAUGAAUUUUGUUGGAUUUAAGUGUGAUAGGUUGGUAUAAUGAAAUAAGGAAACCGACUGGUGACAGUGUGAAAAAUAGAAACCCCCAGCACUAUGCUCAUAAAUCAUUAGCACACUGAAUGUCAUCGUACUUUUCCAUGUAGUUUGAUUUCACUGUUUAUUUCAGGGAUGUACAUAUUUGUUGUCACAUUUCCAUAAAAAAAAAAAAUCAAGUGUUUUAUAAAAUGUGUGCUGUAUGCAUUGUCAACAUAAAGCUCUUCAUCGCUCAUAUGCAACUCCAGUGUCCGUUUUCAGUGUUGCAAUGAACAAGAUGUGACAUUACUCUUUGUUACUUGAAACUUACUAAAGUACUGCAUAAUGUUUUGUGUGCAAGAGCCAAAAGAGUCUGUGACAGACACGGUUUCUAAGAGGGAUGUGGAUUUUGCCAAAAAGGAUCACUGAAGUCUGUCAUUGUGGUGUGAUGUUUUUUUGUUUUUUUUGUAAUGCUGUGAUUACGCAGGAAGUGUCCUCCUUAAAUGAGUUUCAUAAUGUGAAUGGACACUCUAAACUUAUGUCAUUAAUAUUUCUUGCUAUUUGAUCAUGUAUCACACAACUUCUGAUGAGUUGAAUGCUUAUUGUUUUAAGCUUUGUAGUUUUCCGAAUAAAACAUCAACCUUGUA